UUUUCCUGGCGGGUCGGAUGAGCAGUUUUGGUUUUUGCAGAUUUGCCGCGUUGGGCACGGGCUGUUGCAGUUGGGGCGGCGGCGAUCCCGCCCCUCAGCCGAGGAAAGUGUCGCGACUAGCGUAGGGCAUCGCUGGUUGAUUGACAUGGAGGAUUCGGCUGCGGCAGUGCUGAAGCGGGCGGUGGAACUGGAUUCGGCUUCGCGUUUUCAGGAGUCGCUGAUUUGCUACCAGGAAGGGAUCGAUCUCCUCCUUAAUGUGCUGAAAGCUACAAAAGAUGAGAAGAAAAAGGCUUAUUACAGAAACAAAAUAUCAGAUUACAUGAACAGAGCGGAAGUAAUAAAAAAAUAUGUUGUGAAGGAAAAAGAAGAUGGGAAAUGCCACAAACAAAUAAAAAUCGAAGAGAAUAGCAAAGGAUUCAGCUAUGAAAAACUGUUCCAAGAGUAUCUAAAUGAAACUGUUACAGAGGUUUGGGUUGAGGAUCCUUACAUUCGCCAAACCCAUCAGUUGUACAACUUCUUAAGAUUUUGUGAAAUGCUCGUUAAAGGACCAUGCAGAAUGAAAACUAUACACCUUCUUACAUCUCAUGAAGAAGGUCAUGGAAAGAGUCAACAGAUGGGUUCCUUCGAAGAAAUACAACAGUCUCUAAGAGAUUUCGGCAUUACACUGGAUAUAUCGUACUCUUCUUCAAUACAUGAUCGAGAGAUUAGAUUCAACAAUGGAUGGAUGUUUAAAAUCGGAAGAGGCCUUGAUUAUUUUAAAAAACCACAGGUAAGGGAUUUUUUUUUUCUUUUUUCUAACAGCGUUCCUGAAUUUUUUGCUAAGAAAAAAAAACUUUUCAUAGGGUCGUUUUUACCUUGGAUAUUGUGAUUUUGAUUUGAGACCUUGUCAUGAAACUACUGUGGACAUCUUUCACAAUAACUACACAAAGAAGACAUGAUUCCUUCUGAAACCACUCCUGUUUUCUAGGUAAAAUUCUUGUCAAGAUGUAUAUUUAAUAUGCUUUUUUAUAAAAUAAAUUGUUGUUUAAGCAAAAAGAUAUGUUUAUCUCAAGCUUUCCUUAAAAGAGGCUUCAAUGGUUAAAUUUUGCUUAAAGGAAAAUCAGUAUUCUUACCUUAAUUAACAUCAGGUAAAAAUAUUGGAAGAAUAUUUAAAUUAAAACAAACUACUGAAUAUAUUUUAAAAAUGCAAUGACUGGAGUCACUACUUCAAACAAAUAAAUGAAAUAAACCUAGAUACAGAUACAGGUUCAUUCCAAGUUAUGACAGCACUGAACAAAUGGUUUCCUCAUAGUUUAGCUGUUGCAGUGUCCCCAGAGUCAUGACUGCCAUUUGGGUACUUACCUGAUGCCCUGCUUGGGAUUAUGUUGUCUCCUGUGGUCAUGUGAUUGUGAUUUCCAAUGUUCCCUGCCAACUUCCCACAAAGUCAGUGGGAAAGCUGGCUGGAAGUUGUGGUCAUGUGAGCUGCUUGUUUAAUGAUCAUUUAAUGCAGCCCUGCAAAACUGCUGUCCUACUUUAUGGCUGCAAUACUUAGCAACAGCAAUUCCAGCCAAUUGCUGUCAUAAGCUAAGGACUUUUGAAUUUAGCAGUCUAAAAACAGAGCUAUAAUCUUUUCAAGUUAUAUGAAGCUAUUGUAUAUAGAAAAAAAACGGUGCCUGCCAAAUUCGUUGAAUAUUCGAAGGUGCUGAAUGGAGAGGAUUUUUGGACAGUUACACAGCUGUCACUUAGGUCAUAUAGCAUGCUGAUGUAUUUUGAACAAUGGAAUCCAACUUUUUCUUUCUUUCUUCUGCAAACUCCUACAAAAACCAUGCCACUACCAAACACACAUAUGUUCAGACAGCAUGGAAGAAAAUUAUGCCAUGGCCAGCCAGCUGAGCUAUGUAUUUGCUGAGAGCUUAAUAGCGAACCACAUCCUCUGAACUUUCAAAAUAUUGUACAUGCUUGCAAUUUACAGCUCAUAUUUCAUCUAUGGGCUCUUUAAAGAACCUUUCUAGUCCUGAUGUGCCAUUCCUAAAACCUGCUUUGUAACAUGUCUGUUCUUAUAAUUAGUUUUUUUCUCUCCUCAGAAUCUACCCCCGUUUUUACUCCAAUAAAAUUAUUAGGUGAUACUGAAAUUUUGGAAUAAAAUAACUGAUCAAUCUAAACAUCUGAUCCAGUAUGUCAUGGAAAU